UCCCAAAAAGUUUUAAAAAUGGUUUUGUGAGUCUAAUAAAUUUUGAUAGGACUGCCAAAUAUGAUUGUUGUGAUGGAUAUAAACUCUACGGAAGUAAUAAGCGAUCUUGCUCUAACAGAAGAUGGACGCCAAAAAACACUCCUACAUGCAAAUCUGUGAGUUUCUGCACUUUGCCGUCGAAUAUGGAAGUUUCCAAUGGAUCUACUAAUGUGGCAAUCGGAGAAGAAGUGAGUCUCUACUGUACACGAGGAUAUAAGCUUUCGAAUUCUCUCAAAUUAUUGCCAGCAUUGUGUGAUUGCAAUGCCAAGUGGAACAUAACUACAAACCCAUCACCAUGUGAAGACUAUUUCUGUACCUCUCCACCUCCGCCUCCUACUCCAGGAGGUGUAACAUCGUUUGAAGAUGACAAAAGCAGAGCAACGUUUCACGUCGGAUCAAGAGUGAAUUACACGUGUCCGGACGGGUAUGGCUUAGAUGGCAUUCCUUAUCGCGUUUGCACUGAAGAUCUCGAUUGGGAGCCAUAUUCUACAAUUCACAAUUGUCACAAAAACCUUCAAGUUUGUUCGGAUCCUGGAGAACCGGAGAAUGGAAUACGUAGAACAAUGUCGUUUGCGCAAGGGCGUCUCGCUUCUUUUGGCUGUAAACCUGAGUUUACAUAUCAUGGAACCGACUUGCGUACUUGUACGGUAGAUUGGCAAAAUAACACGUUUUGGGAUGGCAAGGAAGGUUACUGUAAAAGCGACUUCAAGUCUCCUUUAGGUUUAGCAUUUCAACUGAAAGAAACGUUUAUAGACCGUGUGGGGUCAUGCUAUAUCGACAAUUCUCCUCCCGCUUCAACUGUUAAAACAACUACUUCCACUUCAAAUGUCGAAACCCCAACUGCCUGCGCUUCAACUGUUGAAACCCCAAUUGCUCCCGCUUCAACUGUUGAAUUAAAUUUGCCCACUGAGGCUGAAAAUAAACCUCCUGCGUCACCAGACUGCAGAGGCCGUCAAGUGGUUGUUGGAGAAGGAUGCAUUGAUUUAACAUAUAUAGUAGAUUGCUCAAAAAGCGUAGGUGAAGAAAACUUCCAUAACAGUCUCGACUUCGUGGGUCGCUCCGCAGCGCUGUUUAAUAUCAGCAACGAUACUAAUAGAAAUGAUACUGCGAGAGUAGCUCUCAUCACUUAUGACCACAAAGUUCAUCUCAUAUUUAGUCUGGGAGAAAAGACAACUCUAGUUGAAACGAUUAACGCAAUAAAAAAGACUCCGUUUUGUGGAGGUGCAACUGGAGUAAGAAAAGUAUUGAAUUUCGUUAGAGAAAAAGUAAUUCCAAUAAGUAGACCACAAUGUAAAAGAGUCAUAUUUCUGUUUUCUGACGGUGUAAACAAUUGGGCAAGAGACCCAAUAAAAGAAGCAGAAGAACUAAAAGAGAAAGGCGUAGAAAUUUACACUAUAGCCUUUGGAGUUGGGGAAGGUAUAAGAGUUGACUCGAAAGCACUUGAAACGCUUGCGUCCAAUCCAGAUUAUUAUUUUAAAGUGCAAGACGCAUCUGCAAUAAGAGAUGCAUUGAAAAAAGCAUUUACAACUAAAGUUGACUUAUGCAAAAGUUGUGGAAGAGCUGUCGCUCCAAAAUGUAGAAACCAACACCAUAACGUGUGUCUUUCGGAGACAGGUGCGUGGCCUUGGAUGGUCGCCAUUUACAGGAUUGAACGAGGCAAUCCCGUUUUUCACUGCGGAGGCGCGAUAAUUAGCGAAUGUAUGAUUUUGACUGCAGCUCAAUGCCUCUUUGGUCGCAACAUUGAGGAACUCUUAGUUGUUGUCGGAGACACGCAGCGGUUUGUCAAAGAAUUUAGCGAGAAAACAUACACAAUUGAACAAGUUUUCAUACAUCAGGAAUAUGAUCCAAUCUCGUUUAAUCGAGACAUCGCUCUGAUAAAGUUGAAUUGCAAUGUCACAUGCUCUCCAUACGUACGAAAAGUUUGUUUGCCAACUCCACAGGACAAAAUCUACUACUAUCCGGGAGCCGAGUGUAUAGUAGCAGGAUGGGGAGCCACGGAAAGGAGAGAACUAGGCGGAAAUUCAAGCGCAAAAUCGACAGCCAUGAAAGAACUUCAUCUUCCUAUUGCAGAAAAAUCCAUUUGCAAAAAUAGCACUUCAGCCCAAUAUAGAGAAGAUGUCACAAACUAUACAGUUUGUGCUGGAGACGGUACUGGCAACAAUGACGCUUGCGAUGGUGAUUCAGGAGGACCUCUUUUCUGUAAACGCAAAACGCAAAAUGAAAUCGAAGAGGACGCUUACGUUGUUGUAGGAAUAGUCAGUUGGGGAGAAGGAGGUGGACAGCCCAAAAAGUACGGUAUAUUUACACACUUGCUGAAUCUGAUGGAUUGGGUCAAAAGUGUGAUGGACGUAAACAAAUGUCCGUUGGCACCCGACGGCGCAGAAGAGGAAGACCUGUGCCCUCCACCUCCAAUUGAACUAUACUAAUUCUAGUGCAUCGUUUGCUAAACAACUGACAGUGGCGUUGGACGCUUUGCGAUUAGUUUAGAGUUGACGUAGAACGUUUCUGUAGUUUCGUUAUGUAGGUUUAUGUCUUUGUGCAGCGGAUAGUGGUGCUUGAAAUUGCGUCAGAAAUGUUACUCUGACUCUAAGAUAGUUUAGAAAUUAGCCGCCGUACAAUAAACGUGGCAAAGGUGUU